AUGAUCAAGACGAACCUGAACCUGGACGACCAUUUGGCUCUCUGGGGCGUAGUCCCCAGAAGCUACUUUCUAGGGCUUAUUCCCCUGUUUCUCUACCUCAUCUACAAGAUGACCCUUUCAACCGACAUCCCCCAUAUCAAAGGCCUCCCUGAAAUCCCAGGCGCAAUUCCAGUCUUCGGCCACCUCCUGAAACUCGGCGACGACCACGCCAGCAUCUGUGAGGGCUGGUGGAGGCAAUACGGCCACUCAGUCUUCCAGAUCAAACUCGGCAACACUCGCGCAGUGGUCGUCAACUCCUUCGAAGACUGCCGCAAGAUGCUACUGGGCCACCAAAACGCCAUCAUCGACCGACCAAAGCUAUACACCUUCCACGGCGUCGUCAGCAGCACCCAGGGGUUCACAAUCGGCUCCUCACCCUGGGACGACUCGUGCAAGAAAAAGCGCAAGGCAUCAGGAACAGCACUGGGGAGACCAGCCCUGCGCAACUACCACCCCAUGUUCGAUCUGGAAAGCUACUGCAUCGUUCGCGACAUGUACCGCGAUAGCUCGAACGGGGCUAUCGAGCUGAAUGUUAGACCUUAUAUCCAGCGGUAUGCGCUGAACACGACCUUGACGCUCUGCUAUGGGAUUCGCAUGGACGCCGUGUAUGACGACCUCCUGCGCGAGAUCCUGCAUGUUGGCUCGGCGAUCUCGCUGCUGCGUAGCGCGUCGGAGAAUCUCCAGGAUUAUAUUCCUGCGCUGCGCUACGUCCCGAAUAACGAGAAGAAUGCGCGGUCGAAGGAGCUGCGCCAGCGCCGAGACGCAUACCUCAACCUGCUGCUAGAUAAAGUCCGCGAGAUGAUCAAGAAGGGCACCGAUAAGCCGUGCAUUUCCGCGGCUAUCCUGAAAGACGAAGAGACGAAGCUCACCGGGGUCGAGGUCUCUUCAAUCUGUCUGUCUCUGGUGUCUGGAGGAUUCGAGACGAUCCCGGGGACAUUGACUUCUGCUAUUGGGUCGUUGUCUACCCCUGAGGGCCAGGUCUGGCAGGAUCGUGCGUAUGAGGAUAUAAAGCGGUAUUACCCUGAUAUCCGCGAUGCUUGGACCAGUGCCGUUAGCGAGGAGAAAGUGCCCUAUAUCAAUGCCAUCAUCAAGGAGGCCGGCCGGUACUACACAGUCAGCGCGAUGAGCCUGCCUCGCAAGACAGUGACAGAGGUGAACUGGAACGGGGCAAUCAUCCCGCCAAAGACAAUGAUCCUCAUUAACGCCCAAGCUGGUAAUCAUGACGUCGACCACUUCGGUCCCGACGGCGGAAAGUUUGACCCUGAGCGCUGGCUCAAAUCCCUAACCCCCCCAGUAGAGCGCGAAGUCACCAGCCUGCCGCAUCUGAGCUUUGGCGCAGGCUCGCGCGCCUGUUCUGGGCAGUACAUUGCAUCCCGGCUGCUGUAUGCGGCGCUGCUUCGGCUCAUUUCGACGUACAAGAUUGUUGCGAGCGAGGACGCGCCUCCGAACACGGACUAUGUUGAUUACAACCAGUUUAAAACAGCCCUGGUUGCUAUUCCGAGGGACUUCAAGGUCCGGUUGGUUCCUAGGGAUGAUGGGGUGGCGGCGGAGUGUUUGAGUCGGGCGGAGAGGAGGACUAGGGAGCAUUACAAGGAGUGA